AUCGCAUUGUUUUGAUAGCUGUAAGUUAGGUGAAAAUGAAGAUUUUUACUUUUAUUUUCUUAUAUAAAAUAGGCUAAUACGUGCUUUAGUUGGAUGCAUAGAUUCAAUUAUACGUAGACGGAACUCAUGAGGAGUAGCUACAAAAGACAUCUUCAGUAUUUACAAUAAACUGACAUCAUGUGGGGCUCUUUACUACAUCACUAACUAAAGAUGAUGGAGGAUUUCUCAGGUCUCGCUUUACCUCCACUGUUUGGGGGUCACAUUCUGGAAGCGGAGCUGGAGACGGGCGGAGUGGAGCUGGGCCCCAGCGGCAGUGAGCUCCUGGAUAAUGAUGGGCCCCCUUCCGGCUCCGGACAGGACGGGGAAGACGAGAGGAGAGAGCUGGACAAAAGGAAGUAUCAAGCUCUCAGCAAGAGGUGCAAAGAGAUUGAACAGGUAAAUGAGAAGAUUUUGGGACGCCUUCACCAGGUCCAAAGACUGACACGCCGACUGAGGAAAGAAAGGAGGUUCCUCAUGAAGACUCUGGACUCGUAUGGAGAUGAUUACAGGACGGCUCAGCUCACCAUCCCACUAGAGGAUGAAGGAAAGGCUUUAGAUCCUGCUCUCGCUGGUGAUGAAGACGGCUCUUCUCCAGCGUUCCCUCAUCAGUCAGCAGGAGGACCCAAGAAAAAGAGGCACCGGGUUCCAAAGGACAGAGAGAGAGACGCACAGAUGGAGUCGGAGCAGCCGGUCAUGACGGAGGGUCAAUUCACAGGAUUCCCCAGUCCUAGUUCACUCUCUCACUGAUCCCAGAGCUGAAGCUGAAACACGAUCCUGAUUCAUCAUCUCAAACUCCUCUAAACCUGCACACUUGCAUGAAUCAAUGAACUGUUUUGGUUGU